CUUGGCCUUCUCGCCAUGAUAGAGCUAACCGGCCGACCAUGAUUCCACCCGGAAGGUAACAUGGUGUUUUGCACGCUGAAUGGCUGAUUCUGUUCUGUGGCAUUUUGUGCAGGUACCGCAGCUUACGGCAUGUAUAAUACCCCGUAGGACCGCAUUGAAGGCUCGCCGACCUUUGGACUUGACUUUUGUCAUGUCGGCCCUCAGAAUACUGUAACCAUGGCUGUCGGCUUAAGAUCUCGUUUUGAGACUGUUAAGGAGAAGGUCCGUUUACACGGCGAUGAGAGUCGACACGAGCAAACGGAUCAGUGGUGCAAUCGGGACUUGGUCCCCUUACCACCCAACCGAAGAACAUGGGGCUGGUUUCAUUACUACGGUUUUUGGACUUUGUCGUCGUUGAAUAUCACGAACUGGCAGACUCCAAGUACUUUCUUGACGGAAGGGUUGUCGGUUUCCCAGUCUAUGUUGAUAAUCGUCAUUGGCCGUUUCAUGAUAGCCGCCUUCUCUACUGUGGUUGCCUGGUGUGGUCUGCGAUGGCAUAUCGGCUUCACAAUCCAGAAUCGCUUCACUUGGGGCAUGCGAGGAAGUUACAUACCCCUGCUACAGCGAGUCUUGCUUAACUUCAUAUGGAACGCCAUCCAGUGUUGGAAUGGCGGACGACUCGCCGCCGUAUGCAUGACAGCUCUCUGGCCCUCCUACGCCAAGAUGCGAAAUUUCCUGCCUGAAAGCCUACCAACAACUGGUGAUGAAUUUGUAGGCUUCAUCGUCUUCUGGGUCCUGUCAACGCCGCUUCUGUGGAUCCCACCCGAAAAAUUCAAGAUCCCAUUCCUGUUCACGUCCAUAUACAGCGCCCUUGGCAUGAUCUCUAUGAUGAUAUGGGCCCUGUCAACUGCAAAGGGCGUGGGUCCCCUUAUGAAUACCGGCGUGGCCCUUCCUGAGGGUUCUCUAUGGAACGUGUCCUGGCUCUUGAUGGCCGGCAUUAAUCAGACAGUUGGUAGUAACUCUGCGGGUAUCACUAAUGGAUCUGAUUUUUCGCGGUAUGCUCGGGACUGGAAAGCUUAUGUUAUUGGAACGAUUUCAUCGGGAUGGAUCACUGGUGUUCUCGUAUGUCUCGUUGGCCUAGUGACAACCAGCGCUGGCCAGAAGAUCUACGGAGAGGUAUACUGGAAUCCACCAGACCUUUUAAUGAAAAUGAUGGAUAACGGAGAUGGAUCAUCAGCAGCUCGAGCUGGUGUGUUCUUCCUCGCUUUUGGAUUCUGUCUAACUAGCAUGUUCGAAAACAUAUGCGGUAACGCCGUGGCUGGUGGUAUCGACCUUGCUGGGAUGUGUCCUCAUUACAUCAAUAUCAGGAGAGGUGCCAUCAUCACUUUCGUCGCCGCUUGGAUCGUCCAGCCUUGGCAGCUUGUGAACAAAGCGACAACAUUCAUCCAGGUUCUCAGCUCGUUCUCCGUCUUCCUGUCGCCGUUGAUCGGCCUCAUGGCAGCCGACUUUUAUAUCUUACGUGGACGUAAAAUCCGUCUAAGUCAUUUAUACUCAACGAAGAAUACUUCGUACUGGUAUUGGAAUGGUAUCAAUUGGCGAGCAGCCCUAGCCUGGGUCUGCGGUUGGAUCCCAACCAUCGGCGGCCUUGUCGUUGCUGUUGAGGGGGACACGAAUGCGCCUAGGGGUUUAUAUGAGAUAUACUAUAUGGCGUUCUUUAUUGGCUUCUUCACCAGCGCCAUUCUAUUCAUCAUCCUCAAUAAGCUGUUUCCUGUUGCUGGAAUGGGCGAGUAUGACGAAGCUGAUCUUUAUGGAACCUUCACUGUUAAGGAGGCGGCGAAUUUAGGGGUUAUCCCUGUGGACUUCCAGACUGAUGCCUACGAUGAUAGCGGUGAACUCUCUCUAGCCCAGGAGAUGUUUGAUAAGAAGGAGUAGGUAGUUUGCUGUUGUUUUCAUAUAUUUAUCAAGCAUACUAGAUCUAUCCAACGAAGCCAUGCUUUCAACGGAUACAGGGACAAUACAAUGGCGUAAGAUGACCCGCUGCCUUUUGCGUGGUAUAACAAAAUCCAUUUGAUAGAGUUAUUUAUGCGAACAGCUUUGUCGCAAUAUUGAGUAACAAACUGGUUCUCGCUGUGCUACAAACUCAAUUUACGGUGCCUAUAUAUAAACGUUCUGUCGAGAACCAAUUUUCACG